AGCAAUGAAGACAAUAAAAGAAUAAAACUAAUCUUGAUGAAACGAUCUACUGCCCGCGGACAAGCAAUUCGCAUCGCGUCGAUCGUGCCUCACCAAUUUGUCUCUUCUAUUUUCAGUCUAGCCACUGCCAUGAUUUUCUGGGAUUUUUUUUUCCUCGUCACGGCUUAUCAGGUCCACCUGUCUUAUCAGAAAACUGUUCCCACGUCUGUGUAUCGACGCGAGCCUUCGAGGGAAGUAAAAGAGGGUGACACUGUGAUCGAGAAUAAGAAUGUCAACAUUGUGGUGAACGUAGACCCGAAAGAAGUCGCCAAAGAAUUGUGGAAAAUUUUGGAAAAGCGCAUGGACAACCCGCCGUCGAGAAGGUCCCAGACCUCCAAGGAUAUGAUCAAGGAGUUGGAGACCAUUGUUUCGCCUAUCGUGCUCCCAAGCCGCCGGGCCAAUGAACCCUCGGCUUUCGAAAUAGCUGAUGCCCUGGACCAUGUCACCAGAAAGGCUCUACAGGGCGACUCUGUUGAGAGGAGCUCCAUCGAAAAAGAAAUACUGACCAGGAAUAUUGUAGCUAACAUGAUGAAAACUUUGAAUGAUGUUAAAAAGGUCGAGUCGCAGCUGUCGUUGCCUUCUGAGGGCGUUAUUAAUUACGAACAAACUCGGAAAAGUUUGCUGCUGAUAAAUCAAACCGAUAAUGUCUCUGCGGAAAGUGGCGAGGAUGAAUAUGUUGAGCUUAUUAUUAAGAUUCGGAGAAGUGCGCUGCAGGGAAGUCAAGACUUGAAAUAUGUAUUUGCUUAG